UGCACGUUUUAUGCAAAAGUCAAUAUGCAAAAUUGAUCGAAAACAAUGGUGACUUGUUGAGAUUGAUAAGAGGUAUGCCACUAGGACAAACACAUAAAGUGUUACACGCGACAAAGAUUGUAUUCAAGUCGUCGACAAUUGUCAAGAACAAUAUAAUGAUUAUGUUGAGAAAAGAACUACAAUCGAAGGAUUUACUAGUGAGAUGUAGUGCCGUUAAUGGAUUAUUAGAAAUAUUACGGUCCGUUUUCAUGGAUGAUUUCAAUUCGACAAAUCACUUCAUCGAAGAUAAUUCGCCUGGUCUUUUUACUCAGGUGACUUUGUGUAAUUUAAAAAACAACUACUCAAAAGAUUUGCCACACGACAUUAAAGAAUUGUGCUUGGAAAUAAUAAACUUAUUGAAAAUUUGUCUACGUCAAAAUGCAAUAGUAAAAUCUUUGUUCUAUAGAGGUUUAUUCAAAUUGUCUGUGAACAACUCGAAUGUAGAAUGUGCUCUAAUUAGUAUAUUAUUAGACCACCUGCGGUCGUAUUUAAAUUAUUAUAAACAUGACGGAAAGAUUUCGCUCAAGUUCGACAAGGCCAUAAUAAUCAAUCGCGAUGGACCUACGAUUGUUGUUAGUAUGAUACAAGUUAUACGGACAGUGGCAGUCGUAUGUGUGUGUGCACACAUCAUCAUACACGACUACGUCUACACCGCUGACUGUGAUAUUUUUCGAUAA